AUGCGUUUUUCCACCGAGAAUUCUGUGGAAUCUGAAGAACUUCACUUCUUUGAAGCAUGGAUAUUUGAUAAGAACGAUAUCCAAGUUCGUGAUGAUAGCUUGCCACCCGCACAUCUCGACGAUUGGCUCAAUCUUUCAGGUCAAUAUGCGAAGCCAAACCGGAAGGACGGAUCUACGAAACCUCCGAAUGCAGCUUUGCGGCUCAUAUUCUGUCCACUUUCUGGCAACGAUCCCUUUAAGCUAGGUGUUGGAGGGCAGACAUACAUGAGUCUGGAGAAUGCUUUUGGCUUGCACUUUACCACGAGUAAUGCCAUCCUCAACAACAACGGGACUUUUGCCAGAUACUUCUUUACGGACAGUUCAGCUUCGACCAAGUUCCAACGUAUGGCGCUCGUCCUGAAAGUCCCAAAUUGCAUCAACAUUGGAUAUGAUGCUAUCUCCCUAUCGUUUGAUCCGAAAGCCUGUAUAACAAGAGCAUUCCUCCAUGGUAUCCGCUUCUCGGAAUGGGAACGACUUAAAACAAAUUUUCGCUCAUUGCCAUUAUCUUACGCUCAUCCUAUGCUACUUCCAGUCCUACUCUUCAAUGCUCAUCAGGUCAAUAUGCACCGAUACAGAGCUAGAAUAGAUCAAAAAGUUUAUGAGUCCGAACAAGAAAUUGGAUACGCAAAACCUGGUCGACUUCAACAAGCCUCCGCGAACAAAUCGCGCAAUAAGCAAUACCUAGACUUUGAAGAUAUCACAAAGCGACUUCACUCUUACCAGACUGAGUUGACAUCGAUCGGACAUGUUGCACGCUUCAGCAAAGUCUGCGGGGAGUUUCUGCUAAAGACACUUCAAGAGCUGAAUGGAAUUCCCAUGACUAGCUGUGAACAUGAAUUUCAAAAAGCUGGGGAGCCGCUCCUGCAUCGAGUUGAAUACUAUACCAAUUCUUGUAUCAGUCUUCUAUCGCAGAGUCAAAGUUUGAAGGAAAGGGUGCAGAGUCACAUAAAUCUUACGUUCAGCUUAAUAGCGCAAGAAGAAAACAGAAUCAACCACUCAGUGGCGGUAGAUAGCGCAAUGAUAGCUGUUGCAAGCAAGCAGGACAGCUCCGCAAUGAAGACGGUCGCGCUUUUGACCAUCCUGUUCCUCCCGGCUACUUUCGUAGCGACAUUCUUUAGCAUGUCAAUCGUUGACUUUUCGCCAUCUGAAGGGACCCGUCCGGUUAUGUCUCCAUAUAUGUGGGUGUACUGGACUAUUACGAUUUCAAUGACCGCUACCGUUUUGUUGGUCUGGCGCAUUUGGUGGAAAGUAGAGGACAGAAAUUACCAGACUCGGUUCGAAAAGGCCAGACUGGAGAACGAAAUGCAGGUAUCCCCUAUCCGUGGGGUAGCGUUUGGUGAGAGCGACAGAGAAAGACCCAUCCGAGAGGUGGGACAAGCAUCAGGCAUAUCUUUCCGAAAGCCGCGCCAAUCAUUUGGGCAGAGUCAGACAACUGAUACGGGAGGCAACUUUACACAAACUGAAGGUUUCUUUAGAGAAGCACUGGUGGAAGGGGCUACGAUUGAGAGAAAUACCCUUCAAAUCGGACAGGAGAAUAUCUGCGAUGAUUAA